AGUGUGCGGCUCAUGACGCCGUUUUUCCGCUCCGUGUCUCGACCCAGGGCCGCCCACGCGUCGCGCCUUUUGUCUACCGUGGCGGAACAUGCGACGCCUCCCACACGUCGACGCCUGCGCGAGCUGCCACCACCGCUGAACCUGACGGACGCUGCUGCGGAACGCAUAAAGGAGCUACUGGCGAACAAACCAGACGCAAUUGGGAUCCGACUAGGUGUCAAAACACGUGGAUGUAAUGGGUUAUCAUACACGAUGAACUACGCAGAUAAAAAGGAGAAGAUGGAGGAGGAAGUGAGCAAGAAUGGUGCUCGCGUCUUUGUUGAACCCAAGGCUCUUUUUCACGUGGUCGGCACCACCAUGGACUUCCAGGUAACCCCGGUCUCGUCCGAAUUCGUUUUCGAGAACCCGAAUGCCAAGGGAAGCUGCGGCUGUGGUGAAAGCUUCAACGUCUAGUUCUUGGGCUUGAGAAUGAAAGGAAAUCCAUUUGUGUUUGCCCUUGUGCAGACGUCAAAUGUAUUUUCUCAUGUGCUGUAGAAAGCUUCAAGCAAUAAUAAUAUCAUUUUAAGCGGUGCAUGUGUUGUAACGCUUUGAGGCA